CUAAAUUGUGGUUUCGUUAAGUUUUUUUUAUCGACAAAUACGGACUUUCGAUGUGUUAUAUUGAAUUUUUAAGACUUAAGAAUGGCCCGAAACAGUGAUACUCUUCCAUUUCCUAUGUCUAUAUCCAUCCAGUCAUUAGAUCACAGCGAAUUGUAUAAUAGGCGUGCACAAUCCCGAGAAAAUUUAAUUGAAAAAGACGUUACCAAUGACUCGAACAGCAAUCAAUCUACUUUCGUAUGUGACUACGAGGAAUUGACCGAAUGGAAGGGUUUUGAUAAACCUCCUAAACUCCCGCCAAGAAAUUUUAAAAAUGCUUACUGCGACACUAAUGAACCUAAAAAACAAACUACAAACAAGACAGGAGUCACAGGGAUGUCUCUGGACGACAUGUUCUGCUCCCGUUGUCGCGAGGGUUUCGAGCCUCACGAAAAGAUUGUCAAUUCUCGUGGAGAAUUAUGGCACCCGCAAUGUUUUGUUUGUGCACAGUGCUUCCGCCCAUUUCCCGAGGGUAUUUUCUACGAAUUUGAAGGACGAAAGUAUUGUGAACAUGAUUUUCAUGUUCUAUUCGCUCCUUGUUGCGGAAAGUGUGGUGAAUUUGUCAUUGGUCGAGUAAUCAAAGCCAUGAAUGCUAACUGGCAUCCUGGUUGCUUCCGUUGUGAGGAGUGUAGCGGUGAACUAGCAGAAACUGGUUUCAUGAAAUGCCAAGGAAGAGCAUUGUGUCAUACCUGUAACGCUCGAAUAAAAGCUGGUGCUCUUGGGAAGCAUAUCUGCCAUCAAUGCCAUGGGAUAAUCGACGACAAGCCGCUACGUUUCCGUGGUGAGGUAUAUCAUCCCUACCAUUUCAACUGCACGGCUUGCGGGAUUGAGUUGAAUGCCGAUGCCAGAGAAGUUAGGUCAAGACCCGGAUUUGCGGCUAAUGAAAUGAACGAACUAUACUGUCUGAGAUGCCACGACAAAAUGGGAAUACCGAUCUGCGGAGCUUGCCGGCGUCCGAUAGAAGAGAGAGUUGUCACCGCCUUGGGAAAACAUUGGCACGUGGAACACUUUGUUUGUGCAAAAUGUGAGAAGCCAUUCUUAGGUCAUCGUCACUACGAGAAAAAGGGUCUUGCUUACUGUGAGACUCAUUAUCACCAGCUAUUUGGAAACCUCUGUUUUGUUUGCAACCAAGUAAUUGCUGGAGAUGUUUUUACGGCAUUAAACAAGGCAUGGUGCGUACAUCAUUUUGCAUGCGCAUUUUGUGACCAAAAGAUGAACCAAAAGACAAAAUUCUUCGAAUUCGACUUGAAACCUGCUUGUAAGAAGUGCUACGAGAAAUUUCCCCAGGAACUGAAAAGGCGUAUGCGUCGUAUGUACGAUUUAAAUCCAAAAAAAAUACCUGCCUAAACGAAUAUUAAAACGUUUUUACCGGAUUUGUUUGAAAAAGUACAUGUAUGUUUAUAUAUUUAUUGUGCUUAGCAAUUGCCGUUUAAAAUUACAUUAGAAAAAGAACAUUCUUUGGAGAAGUAAUCAAAGUAAAACGUAAUAUUGGUUAAAUUUGUCUCCUCUACUA